AUGUAUGGGAACAAGUGCUUUUCAGAAGUGGGCUAUAGCAGUUCUUCGAUACCCUUUUGUAUGUUGUUUUUGCUCUCUUUUGUGAGGUUUUCUUAUAUUUACAUUGACGUAGCCUGUUUGGCAUUUCAGAUUUGUUACAUGGUCAUAGUUGCUCGGCUUUUAAAUCUUACUUUGGUUGUUCCAGACCUGGAUAAGAGAUCCUUCUGGGCUGAUCCUAGCAACUUUGAGGACAUUUUUGAUGUAAGACACUUCAUUGAUUCACUAAGCGAUGAAGUUGUCAAAAGGUUGCCAAAGAGGUUUACCAGCAGAUAUGGAUAG